CAAACUUCUCCUGCUCAGCCAAUCAGCGCGGAGUCUCGCGGACUCUUGUAAAGAUGGCGACGGUGAAACAUGUAGGAGUUUUAACCAGACGCUCUGCCGUUACCGAACACCGCAGCACCAGGCACCGUGUCGACUGAUACGGCGGCGGGAGCGAAAGUCAAUCGACCCGUUCGUCGGCCGCAGCACGCCGUUGGGCGCUGAACGGUGCCGCCGCGGGCCUGGUUGCUCUUGUUUUCGGUUCCACUGCAGUUGUCUCGGUCCGCUCGCUAGCUUCAAGUUGGCGAGCCCAGCGCUAGCUCGGGGGCUAGCUGUGUAGCUCCGUCGGAUCUCCCUGCGAGGCAUCCAUGGAUCGAUAGCGUGACAGGGGUCAACACUGGACUUGCCUACACUUGAUCGAAGUUUUUAAUUUUCACGGAAAUAGCCACCCAUGAGUCUCUUGGACUGAAACCCCUCCAGGAGCGACGAGGGGGCACCGACGGUCCGGCAUUGCGACGGUGCACUGCGGCGUCGAGGCGCAGAGAGUUUCUGCCGUCAUGUAUUUCCUCACCGGCUGGCCCCGGAGGCUGCUCUGUCCGCUGCGGAGCGACGAGGAGCCCUUCCACAUCCAGCCCAGCUCCCAGAGGUUCUACUUCGCCGUGCUGUCAGAGACGCAGCUCAGCGUCUGGUUCAGUCGGCCCAGUGUUUUGAUAGUCAGCUAUAUCGAGUCUGCAAAGGCGGCGGCCCAGUUUGGCUUCUACCAGAAGGCAGAAUGGAAACCGGACGACUCCAUGAUAGCUGUGGCAACUGCCAAAGGUUACAUCCUGCUGUUCGAUGUGCUUGGUGGAGGGGAUGACAAGUACCUCUAUGAGCCCGUCUAUCCAAAGGGAAGUCCUCGUGUGAAGGUGACCCCAGGUUAUAAAGAAGAGCAAUGUGCCCCCGCCUUGUCUCUAGAGAUGAAGAAGCCUGUGGAUCUGGAGGCCCCCAUCACUAGUCUGCAGUCCCUCCAGGAGGACUUACUGGUGUGUACGGCAGACGGCUACCUCCACGUGCUGCACUGGGACGGGCUCGGCAGUAAUGGACGCAAGGCCAUCUGCCUCACUACAAUCCCAUUCUCACUAGACCUGCAGUCCGCUCGAGGUGGUCCCUCUCUGGACCUGGAGGGAGUGUAUAUCCGUUGCAUGGAGUACUGUGUGACCCUGGACGGCUUCGCCGCAGUUCUGAGCGAUGGACGUCUUGGUUUUAUCACACCUCUCAGCAACACCAUCACCACAGAUCAGCUGCAGGGCGUCUGGGCAGCAGAUGUCACCGACGGCACCUGUGUGGCCGUCAACAACAAGUACAGACUGAUGGCCUUUGGCUGCGCCAGCGGCUCAGUGCUCGUGUACAUGAUCGACACCACGACAGGGUCCAUGCAGCUCUCCCACAAACUGGAGCUCACCCCAAAACAUUACCCAGACAUAUAUAACAAGACGGGCCCAGUCAAGCUCAUCUGCUGGUCACCUGACUACAGUGUUGCCAUGGUUACCUGGGAGUGUGGCGGCCUAUCGCUGUGGAGUGUCUUUGGAGCGCACCUCAUCUGCACUCUUGGAGAGGACUUUGCGUAUCGUUCUGAUGGCACCAAGAAGGACCCCAUUAAAAUCAGCUCUAUGAGCUGGGGAGCAGAGGGGUACCACCUGUGGGUGAUCCCCAACAAACAAGAGAGGAGGAGGCAGGAAGAACAGCCUGAGGCGGAUGUGGUCGAACCUCCUCCGUCCUCCCUGCAGGCUGGCAUACUGCAGUUCCAGUUCAUCAAGAGUGCCCUCACAGUCAACCCCUGCACGAGUAACCAGGAGCAGGUGCUACUCCACGGCGAAGACCGCCUCUACCUGACCUGUGGUGACCCCACACAGGUCCACGGCACCUCUGACUCGCACCCACACACACACUUGAACCCGCACGACGGCAGCCCAAUGCACCAUGCCCCCAAACCCGACUCCUCUCUCUCUCAGGGACUCAGCACUUUACUGGGACACAAGCACUGGCACGUGGUCCAGAUCCACAGCACAUACCUAGAGAGCAACUGGCCUAUACGGUUUGCAGCAAUAGACACAGCAGGCCAGUGCAUGGCUGUAGCAGGGAGGCGGGGCUUUGCACACUACUCCUUAUUCACAAGGAAAUGGAAACUGUUUGGAAAUAUCACUCAGGAGCAGAACAUGGCUGUGACGGGAGGUCUGGCUUGGUGGAAAGACUUUGUGGUGGUGGCCUGCUACAAUUUCAUCGAUCACCAGGAGCAGCUGAGGCUCUAUCAACGCUCGUCCAACCUGGACAACGCCUUCGCCUCGGUCACCAAGCUGCACUCAGACACGCUGCUGCUAAACGUGUUCAGAGACAUGGUCAUCUUGUUUCGAGCCGACUGCUCCAUCUGCCUCUAUAGCUUAGAGAGGAGGAACGACAGUCCAACCCCGUCGGCCAGUGUGGAGUUGCUGCAGGAGGUGUCAAUGUCUCGCUACAUCCCUCACCCGGCCCUCGUGGUCUCGGUUACACUCACGUCCGUGCGCACAGAGACCGGCAUCACAUUGAAAGCCCCGCAGCAGGCCUGCAUGGCAGAAAGCAUCAUGUUGAAUCUGGCCGGCCAGUUGAUCAUGCUACAGAGGGACCGUUCAGGUCCACAGGUACGAGAGAAGGAGACGCCUGCUAAUAAUAAGAAGCUGCUACCAUUUUGUCCCCCUGUGGUGUUGGCCCAGUGUGUGGAGAACGUGUGGACCACCUGUCGCACCAACAGGAAGAAGCGACACCUGCUGGAAGCCCUGUGGUUGUCGUGUGGUGAAGCGGGCAUGAAAGUGUGGCUGCCGUUGUUCCCCCGGGACCACCGCAAGCCCCACUCCUUUCUCUCCAGGCGCAUCAUGCUGCCCUUCCACAUCAACAUCUACCCUCUGGCUGUGCUGUUCGAGGACGCCCUGGUGCUGGGGGCUACCAACGAGAGUGUGCUCUACGACGGGCUGCAGGGCUCCACAGAGCCACUGGAGGCGCUGUUCCCUUACUGCACCGUCGAGAGGACCUCCCAGAUCUACCUCCACCACAUCCUCAGGCAGCUGCUGGUUCGCAACCUGGGUGAACAGGCUUUGAUGCUGGCUCAGUCAUGUGCCUCCCUCCCCUACUUCCCUCACGUCAUGGAGCUGAUGGUACACGUGGUCCUGGAAGAAGAGGCCACGUCUCGGGAGCCCAUCCCCGACCCUCUUCUGCCCACCGUGGCCAAGUUCAUCACAGAGUUCCCCCUCUUCCUUCAGACCAUAGUCCACUGUGCCAGGAAGACGGAGUACGCGCUGUGGAACUACCUGUUUGCCGCCGUGGGAAACCCCAAAGAUCUGUUUGAGGAGUGUCUCAUGGCCCAAGACCUAGACACGGCGGCGUCUUAUCUGAUUAUACUGCAGAACAUGGAGGUUCCAGCAGUGAGCAGGCAGCACGCCACACUCCUCUUCAACACGGCGUUGGAACAGGGCAAGUGGGACUUGUGCCGGCACAUGAUCCGAUUCCUCAAAGCCAUUGGCUCAGGGGAGAUGGAGACUCCGCCCCCAACACCCACCACUCAGGAACCCAGCUCAACUGGAGGUUUUGAGUUCUUCAGAAAUCGCAGCAUUAGUUUGUCUCAGUCGGCAGACGCCAUCGCUACAGGAAAGUUCAACCUGCAGAAGACCUUCAGUAUGCCCACUGGACCCUCUGCUAAAGGUCGGGACGCGGAGUGCGCAGAAAACAUGUACAUCGACAUGAUGCUCUGGCGCCAUGCCCGCCACCUCCUGGAGCAGGUACGCCUCCGCGACCUGGGCUGCUUCUCGGCGCAGCUGGGCUUCGAGCUCAUCGGCUGGCUGUGCCGCGAGCGGAACCGCGUGGCCCACGUCGACGAUUUUGUCUCGGCGCUGAAGAGGCUCCACAAGGACUUCCUCUGGCCGUUCCCCGUCAUCCCCGUGGGAAGCCUCAGUUCGCCCCUGAAGAACGGACGGUGUCGCGCAGUGCUGAGCUCACGGCUGUUGAAGUCGCAGUCGGCCGACAGCCUGUUGAACAGCGACAUGGACACAGCGCCCCCUCAGGCCGCUCCCUCCAACCACACCUGGCUGGACGGGCUGGAGCAGGAGGGCAAAGACAUGGACACGGCAUCGUCCGCUCACUCCAACCAGCACUCGCCUCAGACGCACGAUGCCUUCCUGUCACUACUCACCAACAAAGUGGAGGAGUACAGCAUCGGCUCGGCCACGGACCUGACGGAGACCAGCUCGGUGGUGGACGGCGAUUGGAUGAUGGUGGACGAGAACUCGUCCACUCUGAGCCUGAGCCAGGCCGAGCUGGAGCACAUCUCCAUGGAGCUGGCCAACAAGGGCCCGCACAAGUCACAGGUGCAGCUCAGGUACCUGCUCCACGUGUUCAUGGAGGCCGGCUGUCUGGAGUGGUGCGUGGUGCUCGGACUGAUCUUGCGGGACACGAACGUGAUCAAGCAGGUGAUCUGCUUCCUGGACAGCCCAGAGGUUCCUCAGGAAACUGUGAAGAGUGUCCGGAGCGGCUUAUUGGCUGUAGACACAUGGGCCUCCACUGACUGCCUGGGAUACAAACCGUUCCUCAACCUGAUCCAGCCGCAGCUGCAGCAGCUGAUGGACUCGGCGUCUGAGCAGGUGCAGCCAGAGGCCUUCCAGCCGACCGGCCAGAGCUCCAAGCUCGGCGGCCCCGAAGGUCCGGGGAGCGCCGUCGCUGGGCCCCGACCCGAGGACAGCAGAGGGGCGGCGGCUCCGCUGGGCCUCGCCCUGCCCCCCCUAGAACCCGCAGGGGGGUUUUCUCGCCCGCCUUCCGACGACUGUCCCCCCGAGCAGACGGAGGAGCAGGGGGACGAGGAGGGAACGUACGAUUGCACCUUGUCCUGAACCGAGGGGGCCUCCUCUUGGACUCUAACCUGUGAACUGGAGCCCCCCCGGAGGGAAAAAGAGGAGGAAGCAUGGGCUGACUGGAAAUAGAUUAUAUUUACGUGUGCUUGCGUGCGUGUGAAAGUACUUCCCCCAAGUCCUUACAGUCAGUAUUAUCCACUCUUCAGAUUUGUGCUUUGCGUCGACGAGAGCCCUGUGGAUACUGAGCGACCAGAGAGCAAAGUACCCCGACUGACAGGGAGACGUCACAGCACAACCGGACAUGGAGUCCGACUCCCGUCCAAAAGGCCUCACUUCAUCAAAAUGUUCUGCUAGAAAAAAAAACAGAUCACCUGUGUGUGUGGAAGCUUUAGACCAGUGCAGGAGGACACCAGGUUUUUUUGUGUAAUUUUUCUUUAAUUCAAGUGCAAUUGGAGACUUUGAUUUUUUUUUUCUUCACUGUCCCGACAAAAAGCUCCAUUGUUUCCUUCAGUUAAAUCAAACAACGCAAGAAUUCCGCUCAAAGACAAACAAACCCAAGUGUUUUGAUCGCAGCCUCACGCUACGUUGCUCAGCAUCAUGUAGAACAAAAGCUCUCGUCACAAAGCGUUUUUUCAAUACGCACUGGUGUGUGUGUGUGUGUGUGUGUGUGUGUGUGUGCGUGCGUGCGCGCGCUUUCAUACCUCAUUUGACUUAAAAAAAAAGAUAUUUUUCAAUAAUGUAACAAGUGUACAGGAUAACAUUAUUUUUCUAUCAACUUCACCCUCGUCCCCUCCCACGAGUCUAAUCAUGAAAAAAAAAAUUUGCUCACGGUUAUGAAUUCUAUGUCAUUUGCGUUUUACCACUGAUCAUCAGUACCUGCGCUCAUGUGUUUUUCACGCCCCUGACCUUGCUGAUGUCCAGGCAGGUGUGACGGCAGAAUCAGCCGCCUGAGCUGAGCAGAUUUAAAGCUGUAGAGAGAUGAAGGUUUUUGGGGUUGAACGGAUGCUAUAAAAACCAAAUCAUACAAUACUUUAUCCAGCUAUUAAACAGAGAUUUGGGUUUGAAUCUUAGUCUUGAGAGGUUCAAAACGUUCUUCCUCUCGAGGCAGAUCAUCAGCUGAAGAUUGCGUAAUAUUCAAACCAUUCCACUUGAUUUGUAACCUAAACCUUUUGCGGCAAGAGCACAAUAUAAUUCCCUCGUCGGAGGCUUUAAUAGGGAUACGUCAGUUUGUUCUGAAAACCUAGGAUGAACUUGACGUUCCUCAUUGCCUCGCCGUGGUUAUGUGAUAAUUUUAUUCAACCUUCGUCAUCUGAUCAGGGCUCAACAUUUCAUUUAGUCCAUCGUGCAUAGACAACGACCACCAGUUCACACGCCUCUGCGUGCUCCUGUGUGGACUUCUGAACGCAUGUGACCACAUUGUAUUGACGACUGAUCGACAUGGAAUUGAUUUUAAUCGUAUUAGUUGUCAUUAUUACCAUUAUUUAUUGGCAUUAUAGCGGAAUGAUCAUUGCUGAACUGAUACCUGGAGAUGUGCUUGUGGUGUUUUUUUAAUUACUGAUGACUUUUACCCUCCUAGUUAAUCAAAGUCACGUAUUGGCUCUCGAACCAUAAGCACCAAAAGGUUUAUCACAGUUAAACGUCAGUAUUAUGUUGUGCGAUGAAUUGAAAUGUUACUCCGCUUCAUUUUUUGUUGUCCCUACUUCUGUUUUAUUUUUCCCUCAUAUAUUUGCUUUUACUUUUCCCGUUUACCAAAUCAUACCUGUACACACAUUUUUACUCUUGUCAGUGAGUACAAAGAUGAGUUGGGUGUGACAUCUGUUGAAAGUUAAGAUUUCUUCAGUAGGUUUCUCUUUUUAUUGAAUUGAAUUAGAAAAAAAAGGGCAAAAGUGACUUUGCUGAUGUGCUGUUGUCACGGCAGCGUGAAAUCCGUCUCCGCUCUACAGCUCCACCUCGCUGCUCCGCUGUAAAGCUUUACUUGACUUGAAAACGGUGACUUGAUGAACCAAAGACUUUUCACGUCCAGAGGCCUUCUGUUUUUUUUAAAGUGGUCGCUUCGAUUGAGUGCUCGAGUCGUCAUGCAGAGGGAACACACACACACACACACACACACACACACACACACACACACACACACACACACACACACACACACACACACACACACACACACACACACACACACACACACACACACACACACACACACACACACACACACACACACACACACACACACACACACACCCUCUCUCUCUCUCUCAUUAGAAACAUAGCCAUCAAUGCUCAGACACUAACGCUGACGUCACAUGAGAUAAUUUUGACCGGACAUCAGUGUUCCAGAUCUUUUAUGGUUUCCCCUCUCUGCGGGCGAGGGCGGCUCAGUCAGGUGUGUCUCGAGGUACGUGGGUCACGUUCGCUCCAACGUGGACAGUGCCCCCUCCCUCUCCCUCCCUCUGCCCCGUGUACAGUUUUAAAAGUGUUGCCUGUGUCCUGACUCGUUUCUUCGGCAGGAUUCAGCAGAUAUCCUCAAUGCAGUGUAAAGAUUCUCUCUUGUACAUUUGCCUUUUUCUACUCGUGUUUGGUUUUCUACUUCAUUUUUUUUUUCUUCUCCUUCUUGUACAUAAAGAUCAAUAAAUUAUUUUUAAAAAUG